UGAACUGAAGCGUGAACGACGACGGCAACUAUACUUGUCGACGGUUUUCGCGCAUAUUGAAGUCCAAAUCCAGACCUUCCGAUACGAGCUCGCGUAGUCGUCGAUCCAACUCCCAUUUCUCUCGCAUUUGGGACCGCCCGCCAUUUCAUCAAAUCAACUGGAAAACGCAGAGAAAGAGAUGGAGGAACACCUACAAAGCUCUCCAAAAUUAAGUUAUCCCAUUGACAGUGGUGAUGCAAAGUAUGUUUCUGGGCUCAGUACCAUUCUGGUUGCCACUAUUCAAGAAGCAAAGGACAGGAUUUCUCAGAUAGAGUACAUAUUUUGCAGCCAGCUUUUCCCAAAUUUUCAAUCAAAAUCCAAAACCUUGGUGAAAAUUUACUCUGAGGCCAGGAAAGCAGCAGAAGAUGGGUGGAAAGAGAAAGAAAGAGAUCUAUUGCUCCAAGUAGAGAGACUUCAAUUGGAGAAGCAACAAGCUUUUGAAGAGAAAGAGGCUCUCAAACUUGAAAAGAUAAAAACAUUGGGUGACCAGGAAGAGAAGAGUAACUUACUUAUGAGAAUAAAAAGUCAACAACUCAUAAUUGAUGAACUGGAAAACAACCUUAACCAGAAGUCUAUGGAAAUUGAUAAGGGAAUGGAAUUGCAUAAUAGGUUAGUCCAGCUGGUUCAAACAAAAGCAUCUCUUGUGGUGGACAAAGGAAAGCAACUGAAGAGACAUGAAGAAAAGGCUGAUGCGUUUCUUAGCAACGUGAGUAGCCUAGAAAAAGGAAUCGAAGAGCUCAAAGAGGAGCUCAUGGGAAAAACCACAGUAGUAUCUGAGGGAAAAGAUUUCAAAGAAAAUUUGCUCAAGAAGAUGGAAGUCCAAGCCUUAGAGAUUAUGAAUAAUGAACAACUGCUGACUGACCAUGCAAAAGAGAAGACACUACUUUUGACCAAAUUGAAACAGAUGGAGGAGUGUAUUGGUGAACUGCGAAGGGAGCUGAAGAAAAAGACAGAAGUAGUAGAGAAGGGAGGAAAAUUGGUAGAAGAAUUACUUCAACAAGUUGAAAGAAAUGGCUUGGAAAUAGUAGAGAAAAAAGAGAUGCUGGAAGAGUGUGAGAAAGAUAAAAAGAUGCUUUUGGUCAAAGUUAAUCAGUUAGAGGAGAAAGUUAAUCAGCUACAGUUGAGUCUGAGAGGAAUGAACAUUGAAGGGACCAAGGGGAGGGAUUCAUACGAAAUGUUACUUCAGCAGAUGGCAACAAAAGAGUCGGAGUUAUUGGCCAUGAAGAAGAAAAGAAGGGAUGUUGUCGAAAGGUACAAAAGUCUGAAAUCUCAGUAUAACUUCCUUUGCAAAAAGUUGGGUUGUAUUGAAGAGGAAAUGCAUCCGCAAAACACAUUGGGAAAUGGCAGUGAUUCAUUCAAGCAUCAUCAGGAUGCAAAGCGUUCACCUGAUCUUGAAGAUGAAAACCUGAAUACUUUCGCAAUUGCUCGAGGGACAAACAAAGUGAAGAAUGAGGCUGAUGAUAGCAUGGAGGAUGCUAGGGGAGACAAACCAGUUCAAAUCUCAAGAUUUCAUUCUCCAACUUCCUCUGUCACUACUGCACCUAAAUGCCCCUUCUCUGCAAAAACUGUUCUGAUAACUGGUAGAAAGCGAUCUGCAUCUUCAUGGAGAGGUACUAGGUCUAACAAAUGCAUAGAUGGGCCCGAUCCUCAUGAUGACUUUCUUGAUACUCCCCUUGAAAAUGUUAGAGGAGACUUGAAUAAAGUGACAAAAGAGGAAGAUCGUAAUAUUCCAAUCCAGGUUCCGGGAGAAAUAUGUCCUGAUAGCUCAGAUGAUGAAACACAGGAUAUGAAUGUCGGCCCUAUUCCACAAAAGAGGCAGAUGCCAGUUCCUAUGGAUAGCAAAAAAGGUUUCAAGUAUGUUGAACCAGUGAGAAAGAAGGCUGAGCGGGAAAGUUUAAAAGGAGUCGAAUGCAAGCAAUGUAAAAAAUUUUAUGAUGCGGUUCUUCCCAAUAAUGAAGGUAAGGAAAGCAAUGGUAAUAAUCAGAAUUUCCGUUGUGAGCAUCACGAUGGUGUCUCUAGACAUCGAUAUAGGUAUGUCCCUCCCUUGACUCCUGAUGGGUUUUGGAAUAUUGGAUUUGAUUCUGAAAUGUGAAUUUAACUUGCCAACUCAUUUAGUUGGAUAUCAAGCUAGCUAGCUAUAUUAUUUUCAGUUCGACUUAUGUUGCCUUAUGAUCUUCAGUAGACGAUUGGACAGCUACAAUAAACAAAAUGAAAAUAUGGCAUUUCCUGCCUAAUGUGAAUUGUUCAAUUUAUUGUUCU